CAGCAAGAGAUAUAUUACCGUUAUUGUUAUUCUUAGCUAAGGACCUCAUAGACUCUUGAAAUAGAAAUAAGAUAAGAUUAAAUUCCACGGACGCUUUAUUACAUCGACGGUGAAGUGGGACUUGAACAAUCAAAAACCAGAGUCACGUGGUGUUGUAGCUUGUGGUUAGUUACCCUGUACAGGUAACGAGUAUCGAGUGGCGCACAGAGCGCUCGCCUCAAGGGCAUUUCCAAUGGGAUUCUUUGCCACGGGCUUUAUCUCCCUAGUAGCACGGAAUCUAACUCUAUUUAUCUUCCAUCGAAGGGAUGAUUGACCAUCUCGGCCCCAUUGGGACUUUACAGUCAUGCGACUACAGCAAUAUUAUGGCUUGUUGCUGUUAGUCGGCUCCGUAAGCCUCCUAUUUCUAGUAUUCAAUUUACGAAUCACACAAACGUCGUUCUACAGAAACCCUUUGCGCUUUCUGGACAGAUAUGGUAGGCAGGUCUCAAGUAAUACUGACGAAGAUUCGGGCGAGGGGACCGAUGCAGAGGAAAACCGUGAAAACGAAUUAUGGCCCGAGGAGCUAGAAGAGACCCACAACAUAAGGUCCCUGGUGAAAAAACUUACUAACAAGCCAAACACGACUGAUGAGGGAAGUACAUCCUCAAGCGAUAAUCAAAAAAUGGACGAAGAGAGCUGCGUGCCUGAACAAAGCAUCGUGUUCCUCAAAACUCACAAGACGGGCAGCAGUACAUUGACAAACAUCUUCAAUCGAUUCGCCGACUUGCGGGAGCUUAAGGUGGCUCUUCCGUUGCCCGGUUACAACCGCUUCAAAUGGCCUCUGUACUUCGAUUGGUCUUCUGUGGACAUGUAUAGAUUGAAUGGGGACUAUGCUAAUGUCCUGUGUAACCACGCCCGGUACUAUCGUUACGCCAUGGACAGCGUAAUGGAGACUGGGGCCAAGUACGUCACGAUCCUCCGAGAGCCUGUGUCUCAGUUUGAGUCGACAUUUGAUUACAUGGAGCUUGGAAAUUUACUUGGAUUACAAAACGUGUCUAAUGCAAUGGAGGUCUUCCUCCGACGUCCUUACGAUUUCUUGAUCAACGUCACUCGGAGAAGGCAGGGGGAUUUUCCGGACUCACUCAAUCUCGCUCGCAAUGGCAUGUUCUUUGAUUUGGGCCUAAGUCCCCGUCACUAUGACAACCGAACAAAGGUUCUCGAGACCAUACUUAAGCUCGAUCGAGAGUUCUCGCUUGUUCUUAUUAUGGAAUAUUACGACGAGAGUUUAGUUCUGCUCAAGAGGGAACUCUGCUGGGACUUGGAAGACAUUGUCUACGCCAAAUUUAAUCAAAGAGCGACAAGAAAGAAAAGUAAACUAUCACGUAAACUGCGUAAAACGAUCAAGAAAUGGAAUUCUGCCGACGUUAUGCUGUAUAAUUUCUUUAACAAAACGUUUUGGGAGAAAAUAAAAAGGCAUGGUGAUGAUUUUUAUAAGGACUUAAAAGAAUUUCGACAAAAGAAUGCUGAUCUCCAGCGUGAGUGUGUGUCAUCGAUGGAAGUACGAGAACGUGCGGUUGGUAUCUCUCAGUUGGUACGAGGGCUAACUAUUAACCCCCUUGUAUCCAGAUUCAACAGGUAUUUUUGCUAUAAGAUUGUUACAAACGAGGUGGAAUACAUCAAGUAUUUCAGACGAAAGUUUCAUCCAUACAUGGGGUAUCAGAGACAGUUGCAACAAGAAGAAGUAGAAAAGGAGAGAUAUUUAAUGGCUCAAUCAGAUACACCAACUAGUGAUCAGACUUGGCGUCUUAAGCAGGAUCCAAGAUACUCUAUUGACGAUCCAAGAAACCUCAUGGGAAAGCCACCAAUGCUUUUACACGAUCCAAGAAUUUUAAGCCAGGAUUCUAGGAACGCUUUACGGAAUUAUCCUAGAAGAGUUCUGGAGAUCCCAAGGCGUCCUUUACAGGCUCCUAUUCAAACAAGGGGAUCAUCGCUACAGCAACAAGAACACAGGCGAAGGACUGGGGUCCAGUUUGUAGACAUUCCACCUGCGUAUGAACAAUUACCGCCGAAAAGUCAGACUGCGGGCUCAUCGCCAAGAGAAGGCAGGCUUUACUAUCCUAGAUAAUGUUUUCAUCAAUUUGAUUGGACUUUUUCGAAAUAGAAAUAAACAUAAAGACAGGGAAUAUCAUAUUGAUCUUGUCCCUGACGUAAGGAUUUUCAAGUUUGAUUUAAACAAUUCUAACCAUUAAAAUGUUAUUAGUGUUUAAUUUUCCAAUUUCAUACCUUUUUCCAUUUUGAAAAAUCUUAUUUAAAGAAACUUAAGCUUCUUAAUUAUACUUACAACCUGUUCCUUGGCUGGUAAAAGGUGAUAGGGGCAGACUAAUGAAACAUUAAGUCCGUACAGAGAAUGCAAAUUUGUAAAUACAAAAGUAUGGUGGGGGUUGUCAUUGGUUGACUGGUGUCCACUUCAAAUCGAAACAUUGCAUACGAAUGUGUCAA